UCUCCAGUACCAGAACUUUACCAAUGUUGCACAAUUAUAGUACUUUUCAUGACGUACGGGCAGUCACAGAGCAUGCAUCUACAAGCUGUAGUGUUAUGUACAUUUCCAUUCCUCGACUCGAUGCACUUGUUGAUCUAACAUAUAAUGUGAUGGCCCAGAUCUGUAGCUUCCUGUGCAAGAUAGGAGGAGAAACAAGAUCUUAACCCCAAGGACAACAUAGAACCGGGAGCAGAGACAUCUGUGCCCCACAUCCUGCAGCGCAUCCUAUGAGUUCUCCAAACACCUCACAGAACUGCAUUAAGAGUCACCAAGAAUCCAAAACCUUAUCCCCCUGCCAUGAAGGAGAGAAUAUUUAUCAUCUGCUUUACCGUCCUGUAUUUCCAUACACGUCUCUCGUUGGCAUCCAGUGCUAAAGUCCUAGCUGAAGCUGGAAAGAGAGUAACUCUCCGUUGUGAUACAGAAACCAAAGGGGCCAUUGAAUGGCGAAUGGAUAAAGAGUUUCUUAUUAAAUAUAUCAGAUCCCAAAAAUAUUCUGGCACUAAGGCAAAGGAUAAAAGUCGUUACAGUGUUCCAUCCCACAUGACCAACAACCUCAUUGUGAUGAACCUUAGGAUCGCAGAUUCAGGCACUUAUACUUGUCAGAAUGGAAAUUCUAUUUUCAGAACUGUGGAACUCUUUGUAUUUCAAGUAUCCAUACAUCCUUCUGCCAAUAUUCUCUCGUCAGAAGACCUGGUUUUGAAAUUGACAUCAUUAUCGUCACAAAUACCGGGACUUCAAGUCUCAUGGGAGAAGGAUGGGACUGUGAAGUCUGGUGGCCCUAUACUGGAGGAGAACAAUAUGCGGUUAAACAGCGGUGGUACUUAUGUGUGCCGCAUCAAGAUGGAUGGUGGAAACAGUCUUGACAUCACCUCAAAUAUCAAAGUUUUAGGAUUCUACGACAAUCCUCCCAUAGUCUACACAUCAGGAAAGAACCCCGUCACCAUACCGUGGACCUUCAACUUUCCAAUUAGAAAAAAAAUCACAUACUCAGACAUCCACGUAGAAGACGGGUCCAUUAGUUAUUCAUCCCAGAUAAUCGGUAAACUCAGCGUGGCUGAAGGGUCCGUAAGUUGGCCGGCAACAAGUGAUUCGAAGGAUGCGUCUGAGACAUCAAGUGACCACCUGAGUAUCCAGCUUCUAAAUCCUAAAUCAGGCAAAUAUCAGAUGCAUAUUGGUCUAAAGAUUGGGGAUAGAAGGAAGAACCUGACCAGGGAGGUGUGUGUGGCCAGUCUCACAGUGCCUGAUUCCAAAAAUGACUUCAGCCCGGAUACCAUAGUGCCCCUACAGUGUCGCGUAACCUGCAUGGACAGCUAUAGGAAAUUGUGUUGGCAUCAAUUAAAGACAGGCCGUGAGAUGUGUGGUCAGGAGGGAGAGCUUUCCUUUACCACAGAAGUCACAACCGGAAAUGAGACUGCGGCCACUUGGAACUGCAGCGUCACCGAUGGGAAAGAAAGGCUGGUCAGUGCCAUGGUGACCCUAGAAGUAAAGUCAUUCCUGGACCUGUCUAGCACCAUGUUCUGGGUAUUGCUUGGAGUAGGAAUCUUCAUAUUUUUAGUAAUCGUGGUCAUCAUAACCAUUGUUAUUGCUCGGAAUCGCAGACUGAGACGGGAGCGGUACAGGGCUUGGCUGUUAGAGAACAUCCACCAGAAGAGAAGGUGUGAGUGUACAGGAUUUGCACCCAAGAGGCUCAAAUCUGAUUAUGUCUGAGGUCCCACAGACUACAUUGCACAGAUCUCACCUGUCAUAUGCAGAGCAUUUCCUAUUUCCUUCAUGGAGGCCUGCAGAGGAUCACUUAUGACCAAUGGUUGCAGAACAUUUGGUUAUAUUCUCAUAUCCAUCCUAAUACUUUGGGGCUAAAUAGCGUGAAAUGACAAUUCAUGAUGCAACUCUGGAUGAAAAUUAGCCAUAGGAAAUUAUGGAGACGCAAAACAUUACUAAAGCUGCAUUAGAGCGGCAGUAUAUUGCUCGUACAGUAUUGUAUUCCUCUGCAUAUUGUUACAUUGUAUAAC